CGCCCUGGGCACGGCCCAGGCCAUACCCAGCUGCGUGACCGCGGUUGACGGUUUGUGAGUGUGCGGAUUCUUAUCUCUGGUAACUGGACUCAGGAAGAUCUCUGCUGAGCUGUUCCAGGUUUCUCGCUGAUCUCCCGAAAAUGACGGCGUCUUGCUCCUGUCGCAAGGCACCCCCCUACCGCUGCGAGAGUCCCUUUUCUUCUAGGUGCUUCUUUGGGAUUCUUUUGGUGGCGCUACUGCUCCUGCUUCCCAUAUCCUCCGAUGCCUGUGGUGAGCCACCAAGGUUUGAAACUAUGCAGCUCCGGAAUGUUUCUAAACCCAGUUAUAACCCUGGGGACAGCAUAGAUUAUGAGUGUCGCCCAGGUUACCAGCCCAAGCAUCCUUCUCUUCCCACCUCUGCUGUUUGUCAGGCUGAUAAUAUGUGGUCAUUUCUCCAGGAGGCCUGUACAAGAAAACAGUGUCCUAACCUAGGGGAUCCCGCAAAUGGCCAAAUACGGUACCCGAAUGAAAGUAUUCUGUUUGGCUCACAGGUUCACUAUGUUUGUAAUGAUGGUUAUUUCUUAAUUGGACCAAGUAUUCUAUACUGUGAGAUUUCUGGAAGUACUGUGCACUGGAGUGAUAAUCCUCCAAUAUGUGAAAAGAUUUUGUGUAAGCCACCUGAAAAAAUUCUAAAUGGAAAAUACACAAAUAGCCACAAGGAUGUAUUUGAAUACAGUGAAGUAGUAACUUAUAGUUGUGAUGCUUCAAAUGGAACAGAUCCAUAUUCACUUGUUGGAGAGAGCAAGCUUGUUUGUAUUGGAAGUGACAAAUGGAGUAGUGACCCUCCUCAGUGUAAAGUGGUCAAAUGUGUAUAUCCAUACGUUGAAAAUGGAGUGAUAGUCUCAGGACUCGGACCAAAAUUUUACUACAAAGCGACGAUUGUAUAUAGAUGCAACAAGGGUUUUAAGCUUAACGGCAGCAACAAAAUUGUCUGUAGUGCGAACAGUACUUGGGAGCCUGAGAUACCAACAUGUACUAAAGAGUCAACUACUCCUAGUACCCAGCCUCCAAUUUCCAGUGCCUUAGUGUCAACUCCUCCCAGUUCCCAACCUCCAAUUCCCAGUGUCUCAGAUUCCAAGCCUACUCAUCCAACUACGACUCUGGGAUCAAGUCAUCCAGGAUAUCCCAGUCCCAGUGAUGAAACAUCACCUAAAGAUGCUGAGAGUUUAGGUGCAGGAAUCAUUGUUGCAAUUGUCAUUGGUGCACUGUUUGGCGUUGGAGUAGUUGUCUGCGGCAUCUGCUUCUCUUUUUGCAAAAAGAAGAAAGGGUCGCGGUAAAACUGAUUGGGUUAAACUAAAAGUUGCUGAGAGGGAAAGAAGGUAUUGCUACAUACAGCGCUUACCAGGAUAAGGCAACCACUCCAGCAGAGUAGAUGAACUAAAUGGUUUCCACAAACCCAUGUAUCAUUCAGCCAUGAAAAUGAAGGAAAUCCUGCCAUUUGAGACAAUACAGAUGGACCUUGAGGGCAUUAUGCUGGGUGAAUAAGUCAUAUAAAGAAAGACAAGUACUGUAUGAUCUCACUUAUAUGUGUAAUCCAAAUAACCAAGCUUAUAGAAAAAGAAAUCAGAUUUGCCUUCAUCAGAGGUGGUGGGCUGGGGGUGGUGGUUGAGUAAAGGCGGUCAGAAAAUAUAAACUUCCAAUUAUAAGAUAAAAACGUACUGGGAUGUAAUGUACAGCGUAGUGACUACAGUUAGUAACACUGUAUUGUAUAUUGGCAAGUUGCUAAGAAAGUGGAUCUUAAAACUUCUAAUCACAUGGAAGAAAAAAAAUUUUUUGUAGGUUUGUGAAGUGAUGGAUGUUAACUAAAUUUACCGUGUAAUCAUUUUGCAAUAUAUACAUGAUCAAAUCAUGCUGUACACCUUAAACUUAUGCAGUGUUAUAUGUCAGUUAUAUCUCAAUACUGAAAGAAAAAAAAUCUAUAAAAAUUAUUUGCUAGUUUCUUACAUUGUCAGGAAUGGAACUGUUAAGCCAUAGUGCUAACAUUUUAAUGUGGCUUAAGUAUAGUCACCAUCCUUUAAUGCUUCUUUGAAAUGUGUAUGAAUUUGUGUUUGAAUAUCUUGCUUGUUUUUCCUUAAAUAACGCUUGUAUUUAUAGGGCAAGUCAACACAGUAUCCCCACUAGUGUUAAGGUGGGGAAAUAGUUUUUCUAUAAAAUUUCCAAACUCAGAGAAAUAUAAUUCAAAAUGACAUUACAUUUCAUUUGUAAAGAAAGUGAUUUUGAAAUCUUUUCUGUUCAAAGAUGAUUGCCAACUCUUAAGAUUCAUUCUUCAACAGUCCCAAAAUAUGCAUUAUAUAUUGUUUAUUAUAAAAGUUUGAUUUCCUUAACUAAGAAUAUUACCGGAAAAUACUCUUACAGUUAAUAGGUUAAAAUACUAUUUUUAAAAAUUUGUAACCUCUUGGUGAUUUAGAGACGCUAUAAAGUUUAUUUCUGGCAUUUGUUCUUCGCCCCUUUUAAUAA